AUGUGUGGCUGCGUCCUGCGGCGGCUGCUGGCGGAGGAGGCGGGGCACUACCCGGUAGGGCACCUCCUGCUCCCAGUGCUCCUGGGAUUCUGCCUCGCGCUGCUGGCUGCCGGCGGGCCUGGCGUCUACGGCGAUGAGCAGAGUGAAUUUGUGUGUCACACCCAGCAGCCCGGCUGCAAGGCCGCCUGCUUUGACGCCUUCCACCCUCUCUCCCCACUGCGCUUCUGGACCUUCCAGGUCGUGUUGGUGGCUGUUCCCAGCGCCCUCUACGUGGCUUUCACCCUGUAUCAUGUGAUCUGGCGCUGGGAAGAAUCAGGAAAGGUGAAGAAGGAGGAGGAGACCCUGCUCCACGCAGGGCAGAGCGGCAGAGGUGCCCCAGCGGCUGGAAGCCCCCGGCUGCUCUGGGCCUACGUGGCACAGCUGGGGGCUCGACUGGCCCUUGAGGGGGCAGCCCUGGGGUUGCAAUACCGUCUGUAUGGGUUCCAGGUGCCCAGCUACUUUAAAUUUGAAACAGAGUCUUGCUACUCUGCUGUAAGCUGUAAUGUGUCCCGCUCCUCUAAGAAGACCAUCUUUCUAAAAACCAUGUUUGGGGUCAGUGGGUUCUGUCUCUUGUUUACACUUUUGGAGAUUGUACUUCUGGGUCUAAGAAGAUGGUGUGAGCCCCUGGGGAACUUCCUAGGUAGGUCCUCUUCUUCCCGCCAUGGACAGCAUAAGGGCCCUCAAGCAGAGACUAUGACCAAUCUGCCUGGCUCCUUCCCAGAGACCAUGUGCCUUGUGUCCCCAAAGUCCUAG